ACGAGGAAUACAUAAAUAACCAACGUAACAAGGGACUCAGUGACAUCUACAAACGUCUAUCGAUCAGAACUGUCGUGGGAAAAUCACGCACUGGAACGAGUUUUCAAGAUGGCGGAGCACAGCGGCCUACGUAUUUUGCUGAUUCUUCUGACCUUGGUGGUGUACAUCGUCAUGGUGGUCUUCAACGCUCUUGGCGGAUCUGUCGGUCAGGAGAUAGGGCUAUUUAAGAACACGACCGGUGAGAUCUCGAACUUGUUCCGCCUCCAGAUUACUCCCGCGGGCUGGACGUUCAGUAUCUGGGGCGUUAUCUACGCAUGGCAGGCUCUCUGGCUAAUCUACGCCCUCACUACCAUCUGUCGCAAAACAAAGUCUGGGAGCUACUUCUACCAACUUCCGGUUCUUCCACCGAGUAUCUAUAUUUUAUAUAUUAUCAAUAACAUAGCUAACGUCGCCUGGCUGUUCGUAUGGGAUAGUCAGGAAAUCAUAUGGUCACUGGUGGUCAUCGCCAUCACUCCGAUCACGCUGUACGUGGCGCUGGCCAUUUCAUUCCAACGACUGUACCACAAUCUUGGGAACCUUAACAAGGAGAAUGCCGUCAAAGAUAUCUGGCUCAUCCGCUUUUUGGUACAGAAUGGCAUGGCUUUAUAUGCCGCUUGGGUAACCAUAGCUACAUUACUCAAUGUUUCAAUGGUGAUGAUAUACAAAGGUAACGUUUCAAACGAAGAUUCCUGUACUGUCGUUCUGGGUAUCUUGUCUUUCUUCAUAGGCACAUGGGUCGUCCUGGAUAACACGAUAUUAGACCCCUACGUUCGGUACACCUUUAGCCCUUACAUCACUAUUACCGUCGCGUUGGGUGGUGUGGUUGCUAAGAACUACGACCUUGCACUCCGGGAACGGAACUCCUUAUUUUCACUGACUCUUCUCAUUAUAGCUGCCGUGCUGUUGGUUACCAAAUUUAUUAUAAUGACUGUACGUCACUUCCGUGAUCCAAUUUCACCAAAAAUAGAAUACGAACCCACAAUUUGAAUACAGAUGUGCUGAAUCAGUUUAGUUCUACGUUACAUUCGAGUUUUAGUCCGAAUUAUUCUGACGUUUUAUCGACUUUUUUAUAUCGGUCUGUCGUCGAUUAAUCGACGACAGAUCGAUAUGAAAAAAGUCGAUAAAACGUCAGAAUAAUUCGGACUAAUUCGAGUUUGUUCUACCGGAAGUAGGAUAAUUAAUAUUAUUUCUAAUAGUAUGUUUAUAAUCUAUUGAAACUGGUUGUAUGCAUUGGUUAAUCAACUCAGAUAUCUUUACUUUCAGUCCGCAUAAAAUGUCUCUAUUUCCAGUUCACUUAUAAUUCAGUUAAGACAUCUCUACGUCGUUCACUGAUGUGUCAAAACUUCACCCAGUACAGGGAUCAUACAUUAUGUACUUCUGUAUGUUACGAAGUACAGCUAAUAUAGGGAUCAUACAAUAUAUAGCUAUGUGGCGGAUAGUAGGGACGGCGUGCUGUAUUUGUAGGUUGUCCAAUAUGUAAUUAAUUUGAGAAUGAAUUACUGUAAUAGUAACAGUGGAAGAAUUUUUUUUUUCAAAUUUAUAUAUAAUUUUUUUCAAAUUUUGAUUGUUUUACCAUCAGAGGGCUAUUUCUUGAAAACGAAAUUUUUGUUUUCAUUCUAUUUCAAAUGGUCAUCGGAUUGGAAAAAAUAUGAAAAAAGUGUUUUUCGAAGUCGUUUAAGUGCAUGAUAUCGACCACCAGUUCAUUUCAUAGUACUUAUAACUUAAGUUUCAUAUUUAUAUCUAUUAGUUAUAUUUUUCUUCAUACAGCCCACUCAAGCUUCUUUACUCUUUGAUAUAUAUUCCACUUUCCUAAAACUACAUACGACAGUGGAGAACGGAUGCCUCAGGUGCUAAAUCUCUUCUAGUUCAUAAAUGUAUCAAUUUACGUGUUAAGCUUUAAAUAGAAUCAAGCCAAUCAUUAGGAAUAAUUAAUAUUACAACGAGGAAUGAAUACAAUAGGCUACCUGCUUUAUGUCUAGAAGUAAAAUGUUGUUUAUUGUUAGAAUACUUACCUAAAUACACAUCACUAAGUGUUUUCUCGUGUCUCUGUAGUAUCUUAUUUCUCAGGUGUGAUUCGGUCAAAUUUACGCAAUUGUUGUACCUGCAUAUGGUUACUGUUUUACCAGUAUCAGAUGUAUGGUGUUAUAUAUAUGUCACGCUGUAUCACUAAGUUCCUUUGGGUUUAUUGUGGUUUUCACAUCAAAUAAUCACUGGAAAGCUUACAAAGUGUCCGACCGAAAAAUACCUCUCAGAUAUGCUAGUCUGUGUGUAGAUCUAGUUUCCUGUAUUUUGCUUUAUGUUGUAAUAUAUCUGCUGUAUAAAAUUGUGUUGCGCUCUUGUCAUACAUUGACUUUGUAAUGUCGCGGUGGUCUCCCCAUCUGUUAUAACUGUUUGAAUAUCUGUCAUUUACGAACAAAAGCAGUACUAGUAAUUAUUUCUGAAAGAGAGCAUGUGAAACAUGUUGUAUAUUUUAGUUUUUAUAACUGAGUUUUGUAAUAAACAU